AUGGCGGAGUCGAGGCGACGGAGCUCGUCUUCUUCUUCGUCUUCGUCGAGUUCCGGCGAAAUUUCGGUGAGAAUCGAAGGGGAAAUCGGCGUUGAUGUUGGAACUAGCGGUGAUGGUAAUGAAUUGGAGAGCAGAGAGGCAGUUGAUGUUGCUUCAGUUAGUAACGGAAUCAGCGUUGGGACUGAAUUGGAAUCAAACACUUCAAGGGUUGAAAUGCCUGGUGCUAACAAAUCAGAACCAAUACCGAUUCAGCUUAAGUUAGAAAGAUCCAAAACUGAGGGGCAAAGACAUCAAAAUAUACUUCCUGAAGAGGCUGCAAAGUUUUUCGAUGACAAGAUUCCUGUUCAGCAGAAGCUUAAAUUGUUGAACAGAAUAGCUACUGUCAAAGAUGAUGGAACUGUAGAAUUUGAGGUUCCAGGGGAUGUUGAACCCCAAACUCUUGGUGUUGGAUCUGAUGAUGUAUAUAAUACAGUUGCGGAUGAUGAGCCUGUUGAUGCAACAGACCUUCAAUAUAUACCACCACUGCAAAUAGUAAUGCUUAUUGUUGGCACACGAGGAGAUGUGCAGCCAUUUAUUGCAAUUGGUAAACGUCUACAGGAUUAUGGCCAUCGUGUUAGACUAGCAACUCAUUCAAAUUUCAAAGAAUUUGUCUUGACAGCCGGGUUGGAGUUUUUUCCUUUAGGCGGAGAUCCUAAAGUUCUUGCUGGUUACAUGGUAAAAAAUAAAGGCUUCUUGCCAUCAGGGCCUUCUGAGAUACCCAUUCAACGAAAUCAAAUAAAAGAAAUUAUACACUCCUUGCCUUCUGCCUGCAGGGACGCUGAUAUUGAUUCAGGCAUCCCUUUUAAGGCAGAUGCCAUCAUUGCCAAUCCUCCAGCGUAUGGGCAUACUCAUGUUGCAGAGGCACUAAAAGUUCCGCUUCAUAUAUUUUUCACCAUGCCAUGGACACCAACUAGUGAAUUUCCACAUCCCUUGUCCCGUGUCAAGCAACCGGCUGGAUAUCGACUCUCAUAUCAAAUAGUGGAUUCGUUGAUUUGGCUUGGAAUACGGGACAUGAUAAAUGAUGGAUCCGAUUCCGAUGUGCCACAUGGAUACAUAUGGAGUCCCCACCUUGUCCCUAAACCAAAAGAUUGGGGGCCUAAAAUUGAUGUAGUUGGCUUCUGCUUUCUCGACCUAGCAUCAAAUUAUGAACCUCCUGAAUCACUUUUGAAAUGGCUUGAGGCUGGUCAGAAACCUAUUUAUAUUGGAUUUGGUAGCCUUCCUGUCCAAGAACCAGAAAAAAUGACCCAAACAAUUGUUGGAGCAUUGGAACAAACUGGGCAGAGGGGCAUCAUUAAUAAAGGCUGGGGUGGCCUGGGUAACUUGUCAGAACCGAAGGACUUUAUAUACUUACUGGAUAACUGCCCACAUGAUUGGCUAUUCUUGCAAUGCAAGGCAGUGGUUCAUCAUGGAGGUGCUGGAACGACAGCUGCUGGUCUUAAAGCUGCGUGCCCUACAACCAUUGUGCCUUUCUUUGGUGACCAACCUUUCUGGGGUGAUCGGGUGCAUGCAAGAGGAGUAGGUCCUCCACCCAUACCUGUUGAUGAGUUCUCACUUACAAAGUUGGUUGAUGCAAUAAAUUUCAUGCUAAAACCCAAGGUCAAGGAGCGGGCGGUGGAGCUUGCCAAGGCCAUGGAGAAUGAGGAUGGUGUUGCUGGAGCAGUGAAAGCAUUUUUCAAGCAUCUCCCUCGAAGAAAGCCUGAGCCUGAGCCGUCACCUGAACCAUCAAGUUUCUUCUCCUUAAGUAAAUGUUUUGGUUGUGCCUGA